AUUAAAAGCACACCAAAAGAAGAAGAAGAAAAAUAGCGGUAACAAUCUCUUCUUGUUCCUCUUCCGCUUCCCCCAUACAUAGUCCACGCCAUGGCGUUGCAGCUGAACUUGAAUUGAGACCCCAGCAUCACCAUGUCAUUGGAUGCAUAAAGUUCCUUCUUUGUGCUGUGUGUUAGUCUUGAAUUUGAGAUGAGGCACCUUAAGAAGCUGCAUAGCAAGACCCUUAUGUUGGUUUUCUCAUCCCCCAGAACCUUCCACCGUUCUCACUAUCGCAACAACUACUACCCUUUGAUUCCCAUCAGAAGACUCUCCUCCUCACUCCCCAAAGAUUCGAUUUUGAUCCCCCCCACGAAGACCCAUCUCUAUGCUUCCUUCUUUUGCACCCUCAUUCGCCUCUACUUGGCCUGUGGCAGGUUCUGCAUUGCCUCUCACGCUUUCUCUCGCAUGCGUGCCCUUGCUCUCGUUCCCUCCUUGCCCCUGUGGAACGACCUUUUGUACGAAUUCAAUGCCUCAGGUUUGGUUUCUCAGGUAAAAAUGUUGUAUUCUGAGAUGGUGCUUUGUGGGGUUGUGCCCAAUGUUUACAGUGUUAAUUUGUUGGUUCAUUCGAUGUGUAAAGUGGGGGACUUGGGUUUGGCUUUAGGGUACCUUAGGAACAACACUGUUUUUGAUCAUGUUACUUAUAAUACUGUUGUUUGGGGAUUCUGUAAACAUGGAUUUGUUGAUCAGGGUUUUGGGUUGUUGUCUGAAAUGGUUAAGAAGGGUGUGUGUGUUGAUUCAGUCACUUGUAAUGUAGUGGUUAAGGGGUAUUGCCAAGUUGGAUUGGUUCAAUAUGCUGAGUGGAUUAUGGACAACUUGGUUGGUGGGGGGGUUCCACUAGACGUUGUAGGUUUGAACACCUUGGUUGAUGGGUAUUGUGAAGCGGGCUUGAUGAGUCGUGCGUUGGCUUUGGUGGAGCAUAGCCGGAAGAGGGGUAUCAAGCCUGAUAUUGUUACUUAUAAUACUUUGGUUAAUGCUUUUUGUAAGAGGGGUGAUCUUGCGAAGGCAGAGUCUGUUUUUAAUGAGAUUUUGGGCAUUCAGAGGGAGAGGGAUGAUGAAGAAUCUGGUCUGUUAAAUGAUGGUGGUAUUGAAACUCAGGACGAGAUAAGAGAUUUGCAGCCGACUGUUGUUACAUGGACAACGUUAAUUGCUGCAUACUGUAAGCAUCGUGGAUUUGGAGAAUUCCUUUCUCUGUAUGAGCAAAUGAUUAUGAGUGGAGUCCUUCCUGAUGUGGUGACUUGUAGUUCUAUUCUAUAUGGACUUUGCAGGCAUGGUAAAUUAACUGAAGCAGCACUGUUGCUGAGAGAGAUGUACAAAAUGGGUUUAGAUCCUAAUCAUGUCUCAUACACUACAAUUAUUAAUGCAUUAUUAAAAUCAGGGAGGAUAAUGGAAGCUUUUAAUCAUCAAAGCCAAAUGGUUGUUCGGGGCAUUUCUUUUGAUAUAGUUUUGUGUACAACUAUGAUGGAUGGACUUUUCAAAGCUGGAAAAUCUAAAGAGGCUGAGGAAAUGUUCCAAAGUAUUUCAAAGCUCAAUCUUGUCCCAAACUGUGUCACGUAUUCAGCAUUGCUUGAUGGUUAUUGUAAGUUAGGAGACAUGGAAUUUGCAGAGUUGGUGUUGCAAACAAUGGAGAAGGAACAUAUUCUUCCAAAUGUUAUUACCUUUUCUUCUAUUAUAAAUGGAUAUGCCAAAAAAGGAAUGCUCAAUAAAGCAGUUGAUGUGUUAAGGAUGAUGGUCCAAAUGAAUAUUAUGCCAAAUGCUUUUGUUUAUGCUAUUUUAAUCGAUGGCUAUUUUAGGGCAGGUCAACAAGAGGCUGCUGCUGGUUUCUAUAAGGAAAUGAAAUCAUGUGGAUUGGACGAAAACAAUAUCAUAUUCAAUAUCUUGUUGAACAACUUGAAAAGAUCUGGAAACAUGAAGGAAGCUGAGUCAUUAAUUAAUGAUAUUCGCUCUAAGAAUAUUUACCCAGAUGUUUUUAACUACUCCUCCCUAAUUGAUGGCUACUUUAAAGAAGGAAAUGAAUCAGCUGCUCUUUCCAAAGUACAGGAAAUGACACAGAAAAACAUGCAGUUUGAUGUUGUUGCUUACAAUACUUUGGUUAAGGGGCUUUUGAGGCAGGGGAAAUAUGAACCAAAAUCUGUGUUUUCAAGAAUGAUAGAGAUGGGUCUGACUCCAGAUCGUGUUACAUAUAACUCUGUAAUUAACACAUACUUCAUACAAGGUAAAACAGAAAAUGCUAUGGAUCUAUUGAAUGAGAUGAAGAGCUAUGGGGUAAUGCCAAAUAUGGUCACCUAUAACAUUCUUAUUGGAGGGCUUUGUAAAACUGGUGUAAUUGAAAAAGCAAUUGAUGUUUUGAAUGAAAUGUUGGUUUUGGGGUAUGUACCUACGCCAAUUAUUCACAAGUUUCUGCUUAAAGCAUAUUCAAGGAGUAGAAAAGCAGAUGUAAUUUUGCAAAUUCACAAGAAGCUUGUGGCUAUGGGCCUUGAGCUUGACCAGACGGUGUAUAACACUCUAAUCACUGUUUUAUGCAAAUUAGGGAUGACUAAAAUAGCAAAUAUGGUGCUUAUGGAAAUGGUAACAAGAGGAUUUUCAGCUGACAUUGUUACUUACAAUGCCCUUAUUUGUGGUUACUGCACAGGUAGUCAUGUGGAGAAAGCAUUUAAUAUUUAUUCACAGAUGUUGGUGGAUGGAAUCUCUCCAAAUAUUACUACAUACAAUACACUUUUAGGGGGUCUUUCAGCUGCUGGUUUGAUGAGUGAUGCAGAUAAAUUAGUAAGCGAGAUGAAGGAAAGAGGACUUGUCUCAAAUGCCACUACUUAUAACAUAUUGGUUUCUGGCCAUGGUAGGGUUGGAAAUAAACGGGAUUCUAUAAAACUUUAUUGUGAAAUGGUAACCAAAGGUUUUGUUCCCACAACAGGAACCUAUAAUGUGCUUAUUAGUGAUUAUGCAAAAGCAGGAAAGAUGCGCCAAGCUAGAGAACUUUUGAACGAGAUGCUGACAAGAGGAAGAAUUCCUAAUUCUUCAACCUAUGACAUUCUAAUCUGUGGAUGGUGCAAAUUAUCCUAUCAGCCAGAGAUGGACAGGGCUCUUAAACUGUCAUAUCAGAAUGAGGCAAAAAAAUUGCUGAGAGAAAUGUGUGAAAAAGGACAUGUGCCAUCUGAGACCACUCUCAUGUAUAUCAGUUCAAAUUUUUCUAUACCAGGAAAAAAGGCUGAAGCCAAAAGGUUGUUGAAGGUAUUUACCCAGAAGAAGAACUUGUGACAAAUGGUCUAAUGGAAGAUAAGAUGAUGUGAAACUCAAGCUAUUACAAAUCCUAUAUAAAGUGGGUCUUAAUGUCUUACAAGGUCCAAGUGGGAUGAGGAAUAUUGGGGACUGCUCCUGUCUUUUUUAUUUGGCAUUGAAGGUGAUGGUGUUCUAAGCAAUAAGAAAUAGCUUGAACCAAUGACAACCCAUAACUUUAUUUGCAUCAAAACAUAACAAUUACUGUCUUAUGAUGCUAAACUUUAUAUGAUUGGAGUUGUUAUUUAUGGAUGAAGCACUUAUUGUUGAUCCAUUAUGAUCAUUCAAGGAUUGGAACAUGAAAAAAAUCUAGGGUGAGGUGGAUCAACAAUGAAUUUUUGGUGUUAUGGCAGUGUCAACUGCUACCCAGAUGACAAGAAUAUAUUGAAGUUGCAUUGUCAAUAUGAUCAAGUUAUUGACAUCACCGGAGUGACAAAUUCAAUCCAAGAUAGUUCUGGCAUUCUUAGACAGUCAUCAUCGGGCUAUAUAGACUAACUGUUGAUGAGAUUUUGGAGAAAAGAACACAUUUCUGCUGUGCACGGAUUUUCAGGAGUUAAGAGUGAACAAAUGCUAUCAGCCGAAAUGUUUUAUAUUUGCACAAGUGUCAAAAGAGAGCAUUCAGCAGAAAGUUGAAGGCAUCUUGAGACUCAAUUCUAAUUGAAGUGACUUUAUUGUACGUUUCAAGUUUGCAGAACUGGGGCGUUUCCAUAAACACAAGCCAUCGAAUUUAAAGCCUCCUCUUGCCAAAGCUGUGAAACUCCAAACUUGGUCGUUGGUGAAUUUUACUGUUGAUUAUAAAUUUUUUGUGCAGUAUCACUCACCUCACCAAGCUGUUAUAUUCCUCAAAGGAAGGAAGGAACAAUUUGUUUCUUCUAAUAGCCAAACGGAUUGCAUUAUUUUUUACAUAGCCACCCUCCCUUUCUUGUUUGUCUUUGUUGAUCUCUUACUCUCUCAUUCAAGAAAUUUGAACUAUAAUUUGAGGACAUGUGUCUGACUAACGCCAGAAUCAACUACUGAUUUGAAGCUAAUGUACCUUCAUAUAUGUAAAUCACUUUAUAUUCUAAUAUAAUGGUAUAUGAG